UUUCAUGCUCCUUCAGCACAUUGAUGCUAAACGUUCUCAAACAGCUGAUUUCAUGCACUGACCUGUGCAAGUGAAAUGAGAUAAACGCUGUUAAUCAAUAACUUUUGCAGCUUCUGGCAGUCUGAACUUUGGAAUGAAGCACACUCCGAGUUGUAAGGGCUGUAACAACAACACUGGAAUCACACUCACUUUUGGUCCAAACUAGCAGCUUCCUCUGAGUGAGUCCAGCUACAGGAGAGAAAAGUGGAAAACUCCAACACUGCUGCUUCAAGCUGCUGACGCUCCACACACUGAAUCUUCACUCACAGACUCAAUGGCUUCCAGAUCAGAGGAGGAUCUCUGCUGUCCGGUCUGUCAGGAGGUCUUCAGAGAUCCUGUUCUUCUGUCAUGUAGCCACAGCUUCUGUAAAGACUGUCUGAAGAGAUGGUGGAGAGAGAGACCAACACACGAGUGUCCAGUUUGUAAGAGAAGAUCUUCAAAGGAGUAUCCACCUUUAAACCGAGCUUUAAAGAACCUGUGUGAGUCGUUCUUACAGGAGAGAGAUCAGAGAGCUUCAGAGGCUCUCUGCAGUCUGCACUCUGAGAAACUCAAACUCUUCUGUCUGGACCAUCAGCAGCCAGUGUGUGUCGUCUGCUGUGCCUCAGAAAAACACACCAAUCACAGAUUCAGAUCCAUCGAUGAAGCUGCACAACAACACAAGAAGAAACUUCAGGAAACUCUGGAGCCCUUAAAGAAGAAGUUAAAGGUUUGUGAAGAAGUUCAAGUGAAGUUUGAUCAAACAGCAGAACACAUUAAGGUCCAGGCCCGACACACAGAGAGGCAGAUUAAGGAGCAGUUUAAGAAGCUUCACCAGUUUCUAGCAGAGGAAGAGGAGGCCAGGCUGGCUGCACUGAGGGAGGAAGAGGAGCAGAAGAGUGGGAUGAUGAAGGAGAAGAUGGAGGCUCUGAGCAGAGAGAUAGCAGCUCUUUCAGACACAGUCAGAGCCACAGAGGAGGAGCUGAGAGCUGAAGACGUCUCAUUCCUGCACAACUACAAGGCUGCAGUGGAAAGAGUCCAGCGCUGCCCCCUGCUGGAUGAUCCACAGCUGCCUUCAGGAGCUCUGAUAGACCAGGCCAAACACCUGGGCAACCUGACCUUCAACAUCUGGAAGAACAUGAAGGACAUGGUCUCCUACACUCCUCUCAUUCUGGACCCAAACACUGCUCAUCCAGAACUCAUCCUGUCUGAAGAUCUGACCAGUUUGAGAGGAGGAGCGAGGCAGCAGCUUCCUGAUAAUCCAGAGAGAUUUGAUUUGUUCUGCUCUGUCCUGGGCUCUGAGGGCUUUAACUCAGGGACUCACAGCUGGGAUGUUGAUGUUGGAGACAGUACAGUUUGGGUACUGGGUGUGUUAGCAGAGUCUGUGCAGAGGAAGGGAGUCAUAGACUCUGGAUUAUGGACAAUAAUGUUCUAUAAAGGUAAAUAUUCAGCACGCUCACCAUCAGCUCCAUCAACUGCUCUCUCAGUAGAGAAGAAGCUCCAGAGGAUCAGAGUGAAUCUGGACUGGAACAGAGGAAAGCUGUCGUUCUCUGAUCCUGAUACUAACACACACAUACACACCUUCACACACACUUUCACUCACAGGAUGUUUCCAUACAUUUUAAGCGCUGGUAAAAUGAAGUUGUUGCCGUUGAAGGUGUCAGUGUCAGUGGAGCAGAUGAGUUGAGGAUGAUGAUGUUUCUAAUGUUGUUUCCUGUCAGUGAAUUGAAGCUGUUAAACUGCAGCUGUCCUCCUGCUGCCUCGUUGUUCCAAAGCUCUUUGUUUCUCUUUUAGUUCUCACUGUUUCUUUCUGUUUCUGCUGUCCACCUUUUCACAUGGAAAAUCAUUUCACUGUUUCUCACUGAAUGACUCCCCAAACUACAUUUGAAAUUCUAUCAAGUUUCUAAUCAUUACAAGUGAUUCAUGUUUCUAUUUGAUGUGUGUAAAUGGAGAUGAUUUAGUUUGCUGGGAUAUGGACUGACAUGUGUUGAAUGGGAGGAGCAGUUUGUUGUUGUCUUCUUGUCUGUUUAUGACAACAAUAAAUAUAUUGUUGAAACAAUGA